AUGGACGUCCGCACAAGAUGGAAUAGUGCCUACGAUAUGAUCUCACGAUUUCUCAAAAUGCAGGUAGCAAUAUUUGCUACCUUGAAAUCAAAGGAGUUAGGAAAAGAAAGAGAAGCAGAAUUAAAGUCUUUCCAUGAUGAUGACUUUACUUUGGCAGAGGAAGUGGUCCAGCUGUUAAAGCCAUUUAAGGAUAUAACAACACUCCUGUGUUCAGAAAAAUCUCCCACUUUGUCCAUUAUCUUGCCACUUCACGAUAAACUUCUGGACAAGCUUCGUGAACAAAAUGAUGAUACCCCAACAAAAAUGAGAUCAGCGGUGUACUCUGAUAUUGUUUUAGAAGUCUGUCAAGUACAGAGUAUAAUCAAAGUGAAAAGAGAGAAAGAAGACAAAGAUGCUGAAUUAGAUGAUGUUGAAGUCCUGAAUGAGCCACCCCUCCCCUCAUUGUCUUCAGAUUCUCCAGGUGUUAGUCCUGUCAAAAAAAGAGUCAAAGAAGAAGGUUCUUCUUCUACUUGUGGUGAUUCUAUGGAAUCUGUGCUCCACAGCUUUCUUGGUGAUGUAUACAUUACUGAUGUUGAGCCUCCAAAAUCAACAAGUACGAUUGCUGAGCAGCAGGUGAAUGAAUACAGAAGUGCCCGAGCAAUACCUCUUCAGGAAAAUCCUCUUCCUUGGUGGAAAGAAAAUGAAUUUAAAUUCCCACUUGUUGCUAAACUUGCUAGAGCAUACCUUUGCAUUCCUGCCACAAGUAUCCCAUCGGAAAGAGUUUUCUACGGCAGGAGAUAUAUUAAAUGCCCAAAGGGCACGUCUCAAGCCUAA